GCCGACGUGCAGCGCGGUCACCCGGGAGACCGGGAAAGCCGUUUCGCACUCGGCGGAAUUGAGGUCUAGAUUGUUUUGCUUCAGAGCUGUCUCAGUAUAUUUUGGGAAAUUAUGGAUCGUCACAUUCCCAUGCAUGCUUUACCUGAAGAAAUCCAAAAGAUGUCACCUGAAGAAAAAGUUUGUAAGUAUUGUGGAGUCAGCUAUCUAAUUCUGCAUGAAUUUAAGGAUAUGGAAGAAAAAGUAAAAGCAAUGGAAAAAGAGAUGAAAUUUUAUCAAGGAAGUAUAGAACGUGAAAAGAUACUUCAAGAAAAACUACAGUCUCUUAGCCAAGAGUUUGAACAGUACAAAAUUGACAAUGAAUCCAAAACAGAAAGAAUGCAAGAUGCAAACAUGCAGUUAAAAAGUCAACAAAAUGAAUUUCAGAGAGUACAAAAAGAAUUGAGUCAUUUGCAACAUGAAUUAAAAAUUAAACAUAGACAAUCACAAGUCUUCAGUCAAAGAUUGUCGGAGUACAAAUAUUUUUGGAAUAAGACUCUUUCAUUACUUACUUUUACUAAAAGAGAACUAACAAGUAUUAAAAAUGAAGUAUAUGAUAAUUUUCAAAACUGGACUUCACUGAAAGGAGAAGUUUUUCUACAAAUUAAAUCUAUAAGUGAAACAGCCUUGACAGAAAUAGACAUACUAAAUAAAAGUUUGACAGUGUCCCAGAAAAAUAAGCUAUGUCUUGAAGAGGAAAUGAAAAAUCUGAAAUUGUUGUCAGAUGCAGCCAUAUUGAAGUCUCAGCAGAUUCAGACAUCCAAACAACAGGAAGUAAACUUGCAAACCAGAUGCUAUGAUUUGCAAAAGGAAGCACUAGAUUUACAAUGUCAAGUAGAGGCACUGGGGUUAAAACUUCAGAAAGCAGAGACCAAAAUGGACAACUAUAAAGAAAUGCUCAUGAAUAAAUCUAAUGAAGCUGAUGACUAUCAAAGAGAACUUAGAAAACUGAAGUUCGAAUCCAUUAUUUCUGAGUCACGGCAUACUAGGCUGCUUAAAGAAAAAGAAGACUCUUUAAUGACUUGUCAACAAAUAUAUAAAACUUUACAGGAAGAGCUAACUAGAAAAGAAAGACAAGAAGAAGAGAUAAAAAGAAAAAUUAACCUUACAGAAAAUGAACUAAAGAUAACCAAAACUCUUCUGAAUGAGACAAAGGAAGAGAUUUUAACACUGAAAAAUGAAAGGGAAUUGAUGCUGACUUCACAUCAGAAAAGCAUCGAGCAGCUUCAGGAAACCCUUAGACAGAAGCUGAUGAAUGAUGAUAACUGGAAGGAGAAGAUUGAAGCUGAACUCGCCAAGGAAAGAGCUAGACAUUUAGUUGAAUUUGAGGAGCAAGCUCUUUUCUUUAAGGAAGAAGCAAAACUGGAACUUGAUAUUGAAAAAGAAAAGCAUGAAGAAAUAAUCCAAAAGUAUAAGAAAGAACAAGAGGAACUACAAGUGAAGAUAUCUGAAUUAAUCACAGGCGCUACAAGAGAUCUAAGGCUGGAAGUGGCCACUCUUGAAGAAAAACUCCGUGAAUCCCACAUUCGAUACACUGAAGAAUCUGAGUCAAAGGAAAAAGAAAUAGAAAACCUUAAAAAUUUGGUUGCAGAAUUUGAAUCUCGCUUGAAGAAGGAAAUUGACAGUAAUGAUUCAGUUUCUGAAGACUUGAGGAAGGAAAUGAAACAGAAGUCAGAUGAACUGGAAAGAGUAAUGCUGGCACAGACACAACUGAUACAGCAAUUUAACCAGUCCCAGGAAGAGAACACGUUUCUUCAGGAAACAGUGCGUAGAGAGUGUGAAGAACGCUUUGAGCUGACAGAGGCUUUGAGUCAAGCCAGGGAACAGCUCCUGGAACUCAGAAAGCUCAGUGGAAGUUUACCGUUGUCACCAAGUUCCCUCAGCAAGGGCAGCCUAACCUCCCCUGCUACAGCAGUCGGUAAUCAUGGAGAGAGAAGCCUUGCGAGACUGAACUCUGAAAAAGUGAUCAAAAUUCCCAGCCUGCAUGGAGUGUCAAAACCCACCACUGCCACAACCUCAGAUAAGCCCAAGAGGGUCAGCAGCUCAGGUUUGCCGGUUCUCCCCCAGCCACAUCCUCCCAGGGGUGGAGCAUCUUCAGCAAAUGAGCCCAGACAGAGACUAGCUGCCAUUCUUCGGAGGAGGCUAAGUCAGCAGUGAUUGUCCAAAGUCAGGAGCGUGCUCUUUCACAGAGUGCCAGAAACGCACUGUAGCCAAGGAGGACAAGGACCAAAUUAUUUUCACAGGUCAAGAAUGCAUGUCUAUAGAUAUACUUUUAAAAAAUGUAACAAGCUAGAAAAUUGUGAACCCACAAUUGUAACAUAAUUAAGUUGUUGGUAUUUCAGAGGGUCAAUUUCUAUAUUUAUGUAUAUACAUUCAGAUGUGCACUGUGAAUAUGUCCUUUUAAAGAUCACCGGUAAAAUUUUUCACCCAUAACAUCUUUUCUAAUUUUUUUGGAGCAUUACAAAGCAGAAAUAUUUCCACAAAGAAUAGAUUGUAUUGGUUUU